AGAAGGUGCAGGAGAGCUGAGCCUUGUGCCCUGCCCUUACUGUGGUGUUGCGAGCCUCCCUCAGUACUGGGCUUGCUGGAGGGAGGGAAGAGACUAGUGAUACACACCAAACUGGCCAAACUUUUCAACUCCUCUACAGCACGGUCUCUUUGUUGACAUUCUGGACCGAGACCAAGACCGAAAAAAGAGUGACUGAAGGGAGGUGAGCUGGGAGAUAGAAAAAAACAAUACAGCAGUGAGAGCAGAGGAGUGAGAGGACCACACAGCACCAUCAUGUCCUUCAUUACAGACAUCCAGCUGAUGAUGCACGGGUUUGGUGACUGUCGCAAGCCACUCCCUGAGACGGCCGCAGUCAUCGAGUCUAUUGUACACCAACAAAUGACAGUCUUCCUGCACUUGGCCACAGACAUUGCAGAGCAGCGUGGCACAAGGGUGGUGGGGCCUGAGGACAUUCUGUUUGUCAUGCGACGAGACCCACUCAAACUGCAGAGACUCGUACACUACAUGGGAGUUAGGGACCUUUACCAGAAGACCCGUACCAGCACCUCCUCAAUGUCUGCCAACGACCUCACAGAGACAUCAGCAGAAGGCCCAGAGAUCUCAAGAAAGAAACUUUGCAUUAAUUUUCUACAGAUGAUUGACCAGACAGGACAGUAUGAGCCACUGUAUUCCUCCUCCCUGCAUGACCCAGUGAAGACAGAACGGGCGUCUCGGCUUGAUACGCUGACGCAGGGAAUGUCGUGUCAGCGUUACAAGGAGUACUGUGAGGCGAGGAGAGCUUCCUUCUGUCCUCGUCUAAGGGUCAACAAGUUUCGAGACUGGUUGCUUGGCGAGGAGAAUAGUGACGUGAAGCUGACACAGCUGGUUCUGGAGAUGCUGAACCGCCUGGCAUAUGAAACGGUGGCCCAGAUAGUUGACCUGGCGCUCCUGGUGAAAAGGGAUGCAACAGGACACAACUCGGAUCUCUCUCGCUUCAGGACGCCCACUGCCUUCAAUCCAGAUUACCCCAGUGUGUUCAUCCAUCAAAGCGGUUCCCUGCAGGAGAUUGGCACCGGGGACGAGCACUGCAUCGGCAUGGACCCCAUUACGGCCUCAGAGGUGCGGGAGGCCAUGCGUCGCUACUGGGCAAACAACUCUGUCCUGGCGCCCUUCUCCAAGAUCCGGUCCCCUAUUGCCUGCAAGCUCCUCGCCGCAUGAAGUGGUGUUGUGUGGUGUGGUGUGGUGUAGUGAUGUUUUUGUGUUUUACUUCAUCUUGUCAUAUUUUUUUGUUUUUUUAUUAUUAUUAUUAUUUUUAUUUUUAUUUUUUUUUUUUGUGUGUGUGUGAGUGAGAGGAACAUGUGAGGUGGUGUGACGUGAUGUUGUGUGGUUGGGUAAUGUCUUAUGUUAUUUCACUUCACCUUGUCUCCUUUUGUUCCUUUCUUGCCUCAUAUCUUGUUUUUUUUUCAUUUAUUUAUUUAUUUAUUUAUUUAUUUAUAAUUUUUUAAAUUUAAUUAAUUAAUUUAUUUAUUUAUAUUUUUUUUUAUCUCUGUGUUAUCUGAGAGAGAUGAGAAUGAGAGACUGGGAUGACACGUGAUGCGAUGUGAUUGGGUAAUGCUUCAUCUUCACCUUAUGUCAUUUUGUUCUCUCCACUUCAUAUAUUUUAUUUAUUUAUUUUUCUAUUUAUUUUAUUUUAUUUUAUUUUAUUUUAUUUUCAUUUUCAUUUUAUUUAUUUAUUUAUUAUUAUUAUUAUUUUUUUUUUGUUUUUUGUUGUUUUUUUGUUUCUUAUCUGAAAAUGACAGGAAGUGAUUUGAAGUGAUUAAGUAAUGUUUUAUGUCACUUCACUUCAUCUUGUCUAAUUUCACUCUCCUCUCAUGUCACCUCAACUAGGACCCUUCAAAUGUAGUGGAGGUGUUGGUGCAGAAGUUUUUGAGGGAAUGUGGAGUGAAGGGAGGAAGUUUGUAGGGAAUUUUAGCAGUGUGGAGUGAAGGAAUGGAGUUUAUGUGGAGUUAGAGGGAGUGUGGAGUGAGAGAAAAUACAACACUAGGCAUUGAACAUUUGAAACACCCUGUUGCUCCUCUCCUUGUUAUCAUUAGAGUCAUCAAUCAGCGUAGAUAUUCUCUCCACCACCACCGCCAUCACCAUGACUAAUUCCUCUAACUAAUAUAACUUUUUUUCCUUUUCUCAUCAUCCUCAUUUUCAUUAUUUACAAAUACCAUGCAAGCCAGGGCAUUUAUUUGGGCAUUGAUAUUUGUACAGUACAUUUACUAACUGGGCAUUCAUUUUCAGGGUUAUCGAUUUAAGAUGUGUUUUGGUUCGAGUCGUGUGUGUGUGUGUGUUAUUUUCAGAGCUGGCCGUGAUGAUGAAAAGACAUUAUCACGAUAACUGGUAAUUGAUAACUGGCGAUAAAUUUAUUGCCCUAUAACUGAUAACUAGUUAAUUGAUCAAUCUAGAAUUUCAAUACCAGCAGUAGGGAUGUUGAUAUUUCAAAUAAAAUGUCAUUAAAUCAAAA